AUUGUGAUUGACUUGCUACGUACUUCUCGUGCAUACUUGAACUCAACUUCAUAACUUAUUAAACUCUAGCUGCUAUAGCUAGCUAGCUAGGAACUGCUUAGACAAGGUAUGGACUUACUACAAAGAGUUCUAUUUAUUUCCCUGGCCCUGGGCCUGUGUACAGUCACAGCAAGAGCUCAGGACACCAAUGUUCUUGAUACUCCUCUUAACCAAGAAGACUCCAGUGACACUAUAAACUCUAAUAAUGAAGCCAAUCAGUCUCAUGUCAAUGGCACACAAGCGUCUGAGGGUACUAUUAAUGAUGCUGGGGACCAACCAACUAGUACAACAACAGUCACAGUGGCCCCUGCUGACCCAGCAACAACGACCAAGGUGGUGCCACCAACAGAGGCAACUACUACUGAGGAGGAAACGAUUGUGACCACUCCUCCCACGGUUACCAAGCCACCAGUUAUCAAGCCACCAGUUACCAAGCCACCACCAGAGCCACCAGAGACAGUAUCUGUUGAGAGUCCCACAAUCAUCACACCAGUCAAUCAGACCCCCACCAUACCCACCCCACCUGACAAUCCAGGGCCAGGGGUCAACCCCUCCUAUCCUCCCGGCGAGAUUGAACCAUCCAUCAGCACCUCCAUUGCAUUCAUCUUCUUCCUACUGUUCGUGUGUAUUAUCCUGGUUCAUCUGAUGAUCAAGUACAAGUUCAAGUACCUCCCAGAGAGUAUCUCCUUCGUACUCAUAGGUAUUGUGAUUGGACUCAUCUAUCACAUUAUUCAGAGGCUUGGGGUUAGUCUCAAGUACCAAGAAACCUUCUCCCCCAACUCUUUCUUUCUACUAUUACUGCCUCCAAUCAUCUUCGAGUCUGGUUAUUCACUGCACAAAGGCAACUUUUUCCAAAACAUUGGCUCCAUCAUCUUAUUUGCUGUGAUGGGUACGGCAGUGUCCACGUGUAUAGUGGGAGGUGGCCUCUAUGGACUGUCACAGUUGGGUGUCAUAUUUUCUCUCAAUCUGGUGCAAAGUUUCUCCUUUGGAGCUCUGAUAUCUGCAGUGGACCCGGUUGCCACGCUGGCCAUCUUCCAUGCCCUGGACGUCAACCCCACUCUCAGCAUGCUCGUGUUUGGGGAGAGUGUACUCAAUGAUGCCGUCUCCAUCGUCAUGACAAAGACCAUCAUACAGCAGGCAGUGACCACCUCUGAUGAGAGCCCUGGCAUGGUGCUCCUCUGGGCUCUGCUCAACUUCCUCAAGAUGUUCUUUGUCUCUGCCUUUAUCGGAGUCAUGUUUGCACUGCUUAGCGCCGUGUUCCUCAAGUUUGUAAACCUUCGUAAGCAUCAUUCUCUGGAGUUUGCCAUGUGGUUCUUGUUUGCAUUUGGUCCCUAUUUCCUGGCCGAGGGUCUCAAAUUAUCUGGGAUCAUGGCAGUACUGUUCUGUGGGAUCGUCAUGUCACAUUACACCCACCUCAACCUCUCACCAGUCACACAGGUCACAGUGCAACAGAUACUGAGGAGCGUCGCUUUCAUGGCAGAGGUUGUGGUGUUCUUGUAUAUUGGCAUGCAAGUAUUUACUAUCACUACAUCAUUUGAAGUUGGUCUGAUUGUGUGGAGUCUUAUUCUGAUCCUCUUGGGCAGAGCUCUCAAUAUAUACCCUCUCUCCUUCCUCGUCAACCGGUUCAGGACUGUCAAGAUCAGUGGUCGUAUGCAGUUCAUCAUGUGGUUCAGUGGUCUCCGUGGAGCUAUAGCGUAUGCCCUGGCACUGAACCUGUCUGAUCAUGGGGACAAGUUUGGGUCUCCCGAGGUCAUCAGUGUCCUGGACACCACCACUCUCAUCAUAGUCUUGUUCACUAUCAUAGUCUGUGGAGGCUCUACUCUACCUAUACUAAAGUUCCUAAGCAAAGGCUCUGAAGGAGUGCACCUCACUCUGAGCAAGACAGAGGACCAAGGAGCAGCUGUCGUAGUACAAACUGACCAAUCAGACACAACGUUGCCCCGAGCCACACCCACAGUCAGACACCAAUGGUUCCUCUCGUUAGACUUUAGAUUUUUCAAGCCGUGGCUGGUCAGGAAAUUCACAAAACAGGAGGUACACGAAGCUCGCAUUGAGAUGCAACGACAUACCAACGAGUGGUACCAAGGUGUCCGAGCCGUGGCCAGCGAUGAAGAAGCUGAAACCUCACUAAUAGAAAUAGAGUCAAGAGUCGUCCACGGAAUCGAGCGAGGACCAAGAGAGAGAAAGAAUGCGUCUAGUUCUGGUAGUAGUAGUACUGAGUCACUGCUUAGUGGCUGUGAUAGAACCUCACCACCAGCUGCUGUAUUACACGAGUCUUUGUAGCUCUGUAUAAUAAACACUGACUGUGUUUGUGUGUGUGUUGAUUUUUGUACUCUUCUGUCAGUUUGUUCACGAUCAUUUAUUAGAGCACUGGUGCGUAAGUAUACAAAUUGUGUACAUGUCAUGUAGGUGAAUAUGUUUAUAUGAUUGUCUAUCAGCUUAAAAAAGUUGAAGAAAAUAG